UGCGUUAUUCCCGACAGUCCAUGAAGGCAACAGAUCCUCCGCUAAUCCCGCAGGCAGUGAGGAGAGAGCUUCAUCCCGAGAAGAGGACGCGGUUUAACCUGUUAUAUCCAGUGUUUUCAUCCUGUGUUCUUCUGCUCAUCAUCAUGCUCAACUCGCAGAGAUCUCUGUCCGAGCUGCCCAAGAUGACGGCUGCCAGUCAGGUGGAGAGAGCUGUGCUGGAGGAAGAAUUCAACUGGCUGCUUAAAGAGGAAGUUCAUGCUGUCCUGAAGCAGCUCCAGGAUGUCCUCAAGGAGGCGUCUAGACGUUUCUCCAUGCCGGUGCCGGGCCUGGAGAGUCAACUCAAACAGGAAAACUUCAUCCUCGGCAGCUCAACCAUGGAUCAAGUGAAGGGGGUGCUGACUCUGCAGGGAGAGGCUCUGACCCAGGCCGACAUAAACCUGAAGGUUGCAAAGAGCAGCCAAGUGUUACACUUUCAGUUCAGAGAGGACAAGCUGUGGAAACUGCAGCAGAUCCAGGACGCCAGGAACCACGUGAACCAGGCCCUCCUGCUGCUUGGCGGCCGGGAUGACAGCUACCACUUCAAGACUGGCGCUGAGGUUAAUAAGCUCAUGGACGGCGUGAUGCUCCAGCUGACGAGAGCACGGAACCGCCUCACCACCCCGGCCUCCAUGACGCUGCCUGAGCUGGCCACCAGUGGUCUGAUGAAAAUGUUCACUCCUCCCAUGCCUGGGGAUGUGAUGGUGAACUUUUACAUCAACUUGAGCAAACUGUGCCUGACCGUCUACCAGCUUCACGUGCUGCCUCCCAACACCACUAAGAAUUUCAAGCCAGCUGGAAGCUCAGUGUUGCACAACCCAGGAGCAAUGUUCGAGCUCAACCACAACCGGUUUGAGGUGAGCCACGUUCACAAGGUGGAGUGUGUGGUGCCCUGGCUUAACGAUACGCUGGUAUUCUUCACCAUCUCGCUGCAGCUCUGUCAGCAGCUCAAGGACAAGAUAUCCGUCUUCUCCAGUUUCUGGAACUACAGACCUUUCUAACCCACCUCCCGUCCAUCCUCUAGAGAUCGCGCUGACCCAAACCAACCACACAAGUGUAAGGGACAUCCUGGGAAGGGUUCUAUUUGUUUUGUAUAAAUAUAUAUAUAUAUACACUGUAUAUUUAUUUAUCAUCCAGUCUUUCAGUUCCAAGUGUUGCAUGAUUAGCUGAAGGAGCCAAUCAAAGCCCGAGAGAUAUGAAUAUUCCCAGUUGUGUCAGCCCAGCUGACUGACAUCCCUCUGAUGUGUGUGUGUAUGUAUGUGUAUGUGUGUGUGUGUGUGUAUGUUGCAUCUCACAGCACUGACUUGAACUUCUCAAUGAAUGAAUGAAUGUUGCUGAUUUGUUAUUAGAAUUUAUUUUUAAUUAUUUGUUACGUUCAAGCAACUUAGUACUUACCGAGUAUUUAUCUGGUUCUUAUCCCCAAAGUUAUCAUCUGAGCCGUGUCGUUGUGUGGAUCACUUAAUUUGUGCACUCA